AUGGAUCCGAAACGGCCGCAGUCUGACGCAGAGCUGGCCCGCCUCAGCGUCCACCUGCCCGAGGACACGCUCACCUCGUCUCUGGCCACGUCGUCGCGCUACUUUCUAGGCGAUCUCGAGGCUCAUCACAUGGCUCGCAACAUCUCGACUUGGCUCUCCGACGACGAAAGCACCCACCCGCCGACGACGGCCCCCACCCCCAGCACCAUGUCCAGCCUCAAGUUUGUCGACAGAGCCGUUGUCAGGACCAGCCAGCCAGUGCGCACCAGCAUCAUACUCGGCGGCGUGCCAUACGAUGCCAUGCGCCCUUUGGGGCCCGACCCGGCUGCCACCGAGAGCCGGGAGAAGCUGCAGCUUUUUCCUGGGUCCGGCUCGGACGGCGGCAACAUGGCCAACCAGCCUUCAACCACGCGCGAGGACGGCCAAGAGUACGCAACCGGGCUCAAGCUGGCCCUCAUCAUCACCGCCUUGUGCUUUUCCGUCUUCCUCAUGGCUCUCGACAACUCCAUUAUUGCGACUGCUCUUCCGCGCAUCACGGAUGAGUUCCGCAGCCUCAACGACGUCGGCUGGUAUGGCUCUGCCUAUAUGCUCACGGGGUCCUCCUUUCAGCUGCUCUUUGGCAAGUUUUACACCUUUUGGAGCAUAAAGAUUGUCUUUCUGUCCGUCAUCGGCCUCUUUGAAGUGGGCAGUCUCGUCUGCGCCAUCGCCCCGAGCAGCGUGGUGCUCAUCAUCGGGAGAGCCGUGGCUGGAGUCGGCUCCGCCGGCAUCUUCGCCGGGGCCCUAACAAUCCUGGCUUAUACGGUGCCGCUGGGGAAGAGGCCGCUGUACAGCGGCCUCAUCGGCAGCAUGUGGGGCAUAUCGUCUGUCGCCGGCCCGCUGCUCGGCGGUCUCUUCACGGACCGGCUGACCUGGCGGUGGUGCUUCUACAUCAACUUGCCUGUGGGCUUCGUCUCCGUUGUCGUCAUCUUUUUCUUCUUCCCUGACCCCCAGCGCAAGAAGGAGCCGCGGACGUGGAAAGACAUUUUCUGGCAGCUUGAUCCCCUGGGCACCAUCACUUUCAUGCCCGCCAUCAUCUGCCUCCUGCUGGCGCUGCACUGGGGCGGCUCGCAGUACCCGUGGGACAGCUCGCGAGUGACGUCGCUGCUGCUGCUGAGCGGCUUCCUGAUCCCCGUCUUCAUCUACGUGCAGCACCGCAUGGGGGACCGGGCGACGGUGCCGCCGCGCAUCAUCAGGAAGCGGACGGUGUGGUCGUCGACCAUUUUCGAGUUCUUUAUUGGCGCCUGCUUCCUGCUGGCCAUGUACUUUCUGCCAUUCUGGUUCCAGGCCGUCAAGGGCGCAUCGGCCGUGUCGUCGGGCAUCAUGAACAUUCCCAUGCUGCUGAGCGUCGUCUUGUUCACCGUGGCGUCGGGCAUCGUCGUGACCUCGUGGGGCUACUACACGCCCUUUAUCAUCGGGGCGGCCAUCCUAAUGCCCAUCGGCUACGGCCUUAUGACGACGCUCAACGUCAACUCGGGCCCGGCAGCGUGGAUCGGGUUCCAGAUUAUUGCCGGUGCGGGCGUGGGCAUCGGCAUGCAGCAGCCCCUGACGGCGGUGCAGGUGGUGCUCGACAUCGCCGACGUGCCAACGGGCACGGCCCUCAUCAUCUUUGCGCAGGCCCUGGGCGGUGCGCUGUUUGUGACAGCCGGCAACACCGUCUUCUCCAACCGCCUCGUCGCUUUCCUGGCCGAAUACGUGCCCCACGUCGACCCCCAGGUGGUGGUGUCGGCGGGCGCCACGGGAAUCCGCAAGGCUAUUGCCACGCAGGAUCUCGGCGGCGUCGUGCACGCCUACAACAGCGCCCUGUCCAACUGCUUCCUCGUGUCGACGGCCACGGCGUCGGCGGCCAUAUUUGGCGCCGUCAUGGUGGAGUGGAAGAGCAUCAAGGGCAAGAACAUUGAGAUGGCCGCCGCGUAA